AUGGCGGUGCAAGAAAAAGAAGUCCUGGCCGAGAGGAAAGAGCCUCCAGCACAGCCACUGAAUGAGAUCCAUUGGUUCAAACGCCUGGAGUGGUUCCGAAUGUUCAUCAUCUGGGGCAUCCCUCUACUCGGGUUCAUUGGAGCCACGCAGGUUGCCUUACACAAAAAGACGGCUAUCCUCAUGAUCGUCUACUAUUUCAUCAGUGGAAUCAGUCUUUCAGCAGGCUACCACCGGCUCUGGUCCCACCGCGCCUACACUGCGACAGCAGUCACGCGGUUCUUCCUCGCCUUCUUUGCAGCCUCCGUCGGCGAGGGCAAUGCCUACACGUGGGCGCGCGACCAUCGUGCCCACCACCGCUUCACGGAUACUGAUCAAGACCCGUACAGCGUGCACAAGGGCCUGUUCUAUGCCCACUUUGGCUGGAUCAUCUUCACGCAGGACCGCAGCCUCACGGGGCGCACCGACGUGUCCGACCUCAAGAACGACAAGAUCGUGAUGUGGCAGCGGCGCAACUACAUGUCGCUGUUUGUGCUCACCGCGUUCAUCUUACCCACGGUCUUCGCGGGGUUGCUCUGGGGCGACUGGUGGGGUGGCCUGGUCUAUGCAGGGGCCAUCCGGAUGUUCAUUGUCCAACAGAGCACCUUCUUCAUCAACUCCAUCGCCCACAGCCUCGGGGAUCAGACCUACUCCGACCGACACUCGCCGCGCGACAGCGUCAUCACCUCCUUCCUGACCGGAGGCGAGGGCUACCACAACUACCACCACGAAUUUCCCAUGGACUACCGCAGCGGAGUGCGCUGGUACCACUACGACCCCCCGAAGUGGACGAUCUACAUCCUGUCCUUGUUCGGGAUGACCUCCGAUCUGAAGCAGUUCCCCGACAACGAGGUCAGCAUGGGCGCGCAUCAGCAGAAGAUGAAGAAGUUGAAUCGGGAGGGCAAGGGGAUCAGCUGGGGGACUCCGGUGGAUGACCUUCCACUGUUGACCUGGGCAGAGUAUACCGAGAGAGCGAGCGGGGGUCACCAUUUAAUCUGUCUCAAGGGGGUUAUCUAUGAUGUGGCUCCGUUCGUACAUCAGCAUCCGGGUGGCACCAAGAUCAUUCUUAGCUACGUGGGGAAAGACGCCACCGAGCAAUUCUUUGGCGGAGUCUAUGCCCACUCGAACGGAGCGGAGAACCUGCUCUGUGGAAUGAGAUACGCCCGGCUCGUGGAGGAGACAAAAUAA